UCUGUCAGCUCUGGCACACUGCUUUGUAUGGCUCUGCAUAGCAGAGCCAUACAAAGCAGUGUGCUUACAGUUGAAAGCACACACACAUAAAACAGCACAGUUAACCCUUUGAUCACCCCACAUGUUAACCCCUUCCUGCCCAGUGCCAUUAGUACCGUGUCAGUGCUUUUUAGAAUUACUGAUCACUGUAUUGGUGUCACUGGGGAUGUCAGUGACACCAAGUCAGUUCCCCCCCAAUGUCAGAAUGCCCACCGCAGUCCCGCUAAUCGCCAUUACUAGUACAAAAAAAUUAAAAAUAAAAUAAAAAUUUCAGUAUACAAAAACGCUAUUUGUAAACGCUAUACCUUACACGUA